ACACCCCACUUUGGAGACCACACCGUAUUAGAGGUCUGGUAAAUUUUUCAAGUCCUAGGUAUUAUGCAUGCAAAGCAAAACUGGGUCAAUUCCUACUUCUGACUAACAUACAAGAAAAGAGCACUAAACUUCUCAUCUCAACCAAAGCAGUCCAUGCUCUGCCCACUAGAAGAUCAAAAAUUAAAUCAAAAUAAUCCACAAUCCAUUCGUACUAUAUACAAUCCUUUCCUGGAUUCACCAAACACUAACCUGCUGACAAAUAGAGCAAACCUCCCCACCAAAAACUGAAAAAUGGUCAGGAUACUAAACCAAAACCUAAAAUACCAAUAUAUGAGUCAUUGGGAAGAACAAAUUAAACUGCUAGACUGCUUUAGGUCUCUAUACAGAACUACUUCCUCAUCAGUGAACAUAAGCUAGAAGUGAAAAUGAAACCAAGUUUUUAGAGCUAGUUCAGAAAGGCGCAGUCGUGCAAGGAGGACAAAGGACAGGUUGAGACAGAGACAUUCUACUCUAAUGUCCAAGCUUGAAAAGAGAAUCGACUAAUCGAGAGAAAACAUGCAGAGCACUUCCAAUUAUCUAUGGCUUUUAUCUGACGUUCUAGGACAAGGAGCCACUGCAAAUGUUUUUCGUGGACGACAUAAGAAAACUGGGGAUUUAUAUGCCGUCAAAGUAUUUAACAACAUAAGCUUCCUUCGUCCUGUGGAUGUUCAGAUGAGAGAAUUUGAAGUAUUAAAGAAACUGAAUCACAAGAACAUUGUCAAAUUGUUUGCUAUUGAAGAAGAGACAACCACUAGACACAAAGUACUUGUUAUGGAAUUUUGUCCAUGUGGGAGCUUAUACACUGUUUUAGAAGAGCCAUCUAAUGCCUAUGGGUUGCCAGAGUCUGAGUUCUUAAUUGUGCUGAGAGACGUGGUGGCUGGGAUGAAUCAUCUCAGAGAAAAUGGAAUAGUGCACCGUGACAUCAAACCAGGGAAUAUAAUGCGUGUUAUAGGUGAAGAUGGUCAGUCUGUUUACAAACUGACAGAUUUUGGAGCUGCUAGAGAGUUGGAAGAUGACGAACAGUUUGUUUCUCUCUAUGGCACAGAAGAAUAUUUGCAUCCUGAUAUGUAUGAGCGAGCAGUGUUGAGGAAGGAGCAUCAGAAGAAGUAUGGAGCAACAGUUGAUCUGUGGAGCAUAGGAGUGACAUUUUACCAUGCAGCAACAGGGAGUUUACCAUUCCGACCUUUUGAAGGGCCUCGCAGGAACAAGGAAGUGAUGUAUAAAAUAAUCACUGGAAAGCCUUCUGGUGCCAUAUCUGGAGUACAGAAAGCAGAAAAUGGACCAAUUGAGUGGAGUCGAGAUAUGCCUAUUUCCUGUAGUCUUUCUAAGGGCCUGCAAGUACUGCUCACGCCUGUUCUUGCAAAUAUUCUUGAAGCAGAUCAGGAAAAAUGCUGGGGAUUUGACCAGUUUUUUGCAGAGACCAAUGACAUGCUCCACCGAAGAAUAAUUCAUGUCUUUUCACUACAGCAAAUGACCCUACACAAAGUUUAUAUUCACAGCUAUAAUACAGCUGCCAUAUUUCAUGAAUUGGUCUACAAACAGACAAAAAUAACUUCUCAGAACCAAGAACUGAUAUAUGAAGGCCGCCGUUUAGUACUAGAGCCUGGAAGAUUGGCACAACAUUUUCCCAAAACCACUGAAGAAAAUCCUAUAAUUAUAGUAAGCAGAGAGGCUGUGAACAUCGUAGGAUUAAUCUAUGAAGAAAUUUCACUUCCUAAAGUACAUCAGCGGUAUGACUUGGACAGUGAUGCCAGUAUGGCUAAAGCAGUAACAGGUGUUGUAUGCUAUGCCUGUAGAGUUGCCAAUGCUUUGCUGCUUUACCAGGAGUUAAUGCGAAAAGGAAUACGAUGGUUAAUUGAAAUAAUCAAGGAAGACUACAAUGAAACAGUGCACAAAAAGACAGAGGUUAUCAUCAAGCUGGAUUUCUGCAACAGGAACAUAGAGAUAGCUGGGAAAAUAUACAAGAAUCUGAUGCAGAUCCACUUGGAAACAGAAAUGGAUGAAAUUUCAGAGAUACAUACUAAACUAUUGCUUCAGCUUUCUAGCUCUCGGGGAACAAUAGAGACCAGUCUUCAGGACACUGAAAAUAAACUGUCUCCUGGUGGAUUGCUGAGUGAUACCUGGGCAAAUCAGGAAGGCACACAUCCCAGAGACAGAAAUCCAGAAAAGCUACAAGUAUUGCUGAGUUCUAUCACAGAUAUUUAUUAUCAGUUCAAGAAAGACAAAGCAGAACGUAGACUUCCUUAUAAUGAGGAACAAAUCCACAAAUUUGACAAGCAGAAGCUGAAUUUACAUGCCACAAAAGCCAUAUCUCUGUUCAAAGAUGAAUGUGUCAGCAAGUAUGAGACAUUUUUGGACAAGGCAGAGGACUGGAUGAGAAAGAUGCUUCAUUUAAGGAAACAGUUACUGACGCUCACCAGCCAGUGUUUUGAUAUUGAAGAAGAGGUAGCCAAAUACCAGGACUAUAUAAAUGAGUUACAAGAAGCUCUGCGACAGAAAACGUUUGCAGCUUCCACUGGGAUCAAACAUGCAAUGAAUCCAAUCUAUCCAAGUUCAAACACUUUAGUGGAAAUGACUCUUGGUAUGAAGAAACUGAAGGAGGAAAUGGAAGGUGUUGUUAAAGAACUAGCUGAGAAUAACCACAUUUUAGAAAGAUUUGGUGCUUUGAUUGUGGAUGGUGGCCUACGGAAUGUAGACUGUAUCUAAUCAACAAAGGAGCAUGAAAGGACUGUUCAUUUUUCACAGAAAAAAAACGCUAUAAGGGGCAUUUAAAUGCAGAAAAACCAUUCUGUACAGCAAUUUUUUUCUGCAACUCUAGUAUUUAACAAAAGUAUGUAAAUAUGUAUAUACUGUAAAUAUAACAAUUAUAACAGUCUUUUUUGUUAAUGUUAAAAUAGAAUUACUGUUAAGUUUUCUGAGAUGGUUAUACAUUUUAUCCCUUUAAGGAACUCUGGCAAAUGAUUACGGCAAGCAUAAUGCUAUAUACACAUUCAUGGAAUGUUGACUUUCGGGUCAUGAUUUACUUUUGUUUCUUGAAAGGGAACUUGUAGCUUGAAUUAGCCUGCAUUCAGAGAAGUUAUGAAUAGUUUUUAAAGCAGUGGUUCCCAAACUUAGGGGUGUGUGGAAGAAUGGUUGGGGGCACAGAGCGGGGUACACUACUUUAACGGGUGCCUGGGCUCCCCUUAAUACCAGUGUGUUAUUUCAGAACCGAGUCAUUGACUCAUCAUCAGCUACAGUACUUGAAUGAAGACCAUUUGAUCUUGUCUUUGCUUCUGUAAUUCAAUGUGAACAGCAUGCACUUAGGACAAAGAGAGGAGAUACGUUUCAUCCCCCUUGUCUACCAAGUUAAUAGUCCACUUGUGUGUCAGAAAAUAAAUUCACAAGGUUUUUAGUCAUGUCCGUGUUGGGUGCCAUGUUCUCCAUGAUAAUCAUUUGGCUAAGUAUUAUGGAAGUUUAGUGUUGGAGUCCAUAAACCAUUUUCCAUCUUGCUUCAAUGCUUUUAACAUCAGCAAAAUAACUAUUUAAAAAAAUGUAAAUCAACGAAGUACAAUGUCACGGCUUAUGACUAAUAAGAUGUUAAACUUGGGAGGGAAAAUAGAGUAAUACUUUCUUACAUCUGUGGUACCCCAUACUGGAGGCUUCUGGCAUCUAACAAAAAAUAUUUUAAACCAAAAGCACCUACUAAAUAGAAAAGUUAGCACAUUCAAAACCAGUAACUGCACCCAGCCCAACCCCAAAUACAAAGGAGCCCAACCCUGCUCCUCCAACACCACAACUCAGCCCAAAACGUGGAGAAGAAAACUGUCCGCUCCAAAACCUAUGAAAUUAAAAAGGAAGCAAAUAUCCUGAGUCUUGCCACCUAUGUAGUCUGCUGCGUAUUGUUGAGGAAGAGCAUUCAAGGAUCAUGGGCUCUCUGAAGCAAAGGCCUCAUCCUUUCUCUUUUGAGACAAUGCCAUGGAUGGCCAACAGUUUCAUCUCUGCCAUUCCUAUUUUCAAUAUGGCAUGUAGGGUAACAUAGUCCCUCAGAUAGAUUAGUCCUAGAUUAUUUCAUGCUUUCUAUAACAGGAAAACCUUGAAGCAUGCAACCAAAUAAAAAGCAGCCAGUAACAGGUACACGUGUGUAAGACUCAGUUUUGUGAUGUUUAUUCCCCUGUCUUUCUGCCCCAUCACAGUAUAGGAAUAAAAAUGUUCAAAAUGUAUUUUAUACUUAAAAUAGAAGUUAUGAAGUUGGUGUUUCUGGUUGGUUGCUCCAAUAUUAAAGCAGGAUAUACACUGUUUUAUAGUCUCUGAUACUGGGUUCCUGUCCUUGCCUGUUCAAAUAUCAUUUACCCCUACAUAUAGUAAAAGAUGUUCCUCAGUUUGCAAACUUUUUGGAAAAAAUUGCUCUGCAAAAUUGGUGCAGCAAAAAAAGAAGAAAAAAAAUCCAUUUUUUCUGGUUUAGCCAUGUCAUUUAAAAGUGUUUAUUUACUUUUGAAGUAUUUAAAUUAUGGGAAUAUUUUAGGGUCUGAUUGUGCUAGCAUGCACAUGAAUGACUUCAUGUCAGUAAUCCUGCUGAAUGUUAGUAAAUUUUAUGUGCAUAGAUGUUUGAAGGAUCAGGUCCUUAAACUGUACAUAAAUGUAUAUUAGAAUCACUGAGAUUAUUUCUAUGCCUAUGUUAUUUUGUUCAUUAUUUUAAGAUAUUUUAACUUUGUGAAACCAAUUAUAUUGGUUGAAAGAUCGAAUCAGUUAAGCAUAUUACUGAUUACUUUCUUAUGAAACAUCCCUUAUUGGCUUUAGUCCUUGAUGCAUGGUGUGUGGUGUACCAUGAGAUUCGCUGUGUUCAUACCAACUGUCAUAAUAUUGUCAGUCCUUAAUAUGGAAAGUAAUAGGUUUGCCAAGACAGACAAUUGAUAGUUUGGUUUUUUUUUUCCCCCUCUGAAACUGAAUUACUACUUUAGAGUUAUAGUGUUAAGUAACUGAUUAAAGCAAUAUAUUAGCAAGCCUGUCUACAUAUUAAUUGUAAAACUGCAUGAGUGAAUGACUUAUAUACAUAAAUACAAUAUCAACAACUUAUUCUAA